AUGUACUCGGCGAUUCGCUCCCUUCCUCUCGACGGCGGUGAGUACCAUGGACCUCUUGACGGGACUAAUCUCGCCGGAGACGCCUGCUUGGUCUUAACCACUGACCCCAAACCCCGUCUCCGGUGGACGGCGGAGCUCCAUGAGAAGUUCGUCGAGGCCGUCACGGAACUCGGUGGUCCCGAAAAAGCGACGCCCAAAACUCUAAUGAGAUCGAUGGGAGUGAAAGGUCUCACCCUCUACCACCUCAAAUCUCAUCUUCAGAAAUUUCGCCAAGGGAGGCAAGCUUGUAAAGAAUCAACUGAGAUCUCCAAGGAUGCCUCUUGUAUUGGGGAGAGUCAGGACACAGGCUCAUCUUCACCGUCAUCAUUGAGACUGGCUGCGCAGGAACAGAACGAGGGUCUCCAAGUUACUGAAGCUCUACGCGCUCAGAUGGAAGUCCAGAGAAGACUACACGAGCAAUUGGAGUAUGGGCAGGUGCAACGGAGACUCCAGCUGAGGAUAGAGGCACAAGGGAAGUAUCUACAGUCUAUUCUUGAGAAAGCUUGCAAGGUCUUUGAAGAGCAAGCUGUUACUUUUGCUGGGGUUGAGGCAGCUAACGAGGAGCUGUCAGAGCUAGCCAUCAAAGUGUCUAAUAGCACUCACGGAACAACAGUCCCGUACUUUGAUGCAACAAAGAUGAUGAUGAUGCCAUCUUUGUCCGAGCUUGCAGUAGCAAUAGACCACAAAAGCAACAUCACAACAAACUGUUCAGUUGAAAGCUCUCUGACUUCCAACACCAAUGGGAGCUCUGUUUCUGCUGCAUCGAUGAAGAAGAGGCACCGUGGAGACAAUGUGGGUGCCGGGUAUGAUGGGAGCUGGACUAUGCCUAGUAGUACCAUUGGAUAA